AUGAUGGCAAAUUGGGGGAAUUGCCGCAUUUGCUCGGAAAAUCCCUUCACUGUGCUGUUCGGUUGGAAGCAACCAGAGAAGAAGUGCGCAGCAACAGAGAGAAAAUGCAAGCCCUCGAAGCGCAACGAGAAGGAUUUCAAACCCCGCAGUGAAGAGGAAGUCAAGGAGGCUGUGGCCAAAUGGAGUGAGUACGUCCACGCCCGGGCCCGGGACUUCUUCGCGGGAACCCAGCAGCUCGAAGAGGUCCUGGCACAGUUGGCCAAGGGCACGGACAAAGACUGCGAUCCGGUGGCAGGAAGUGAAACGCAAUGUGUGUAUUGGUAUGGCGAUGUGACCAAAGACGAAUGUCAAGCAGCGAUUCGAAUGGUGAAGCCGGGAGAGAUGCAGGAGUCUGUCACCUACGUGAAUCGCGUGCUGGCCUUCAUGUUUGCCACCGACGAAUCCUUCGAAAAGCUCAUGGCCCUUCCCAAGGAGCCUUUCAGGAUGAACUGUGGGGAUCAGCUGUGUGUUCACUUGGCCCACAUUUCUUUGGCGACUUGCUGA